GAGCUUUGUGUGCGCGAAAGAAAGAGGCGGAGGGAGCGGGAACGAGCAGGGCCGAGACCGGGAACCAGCGAGAGCGAGCGGAGCGCCAGCCCCCCCUCCCUACCCCACCCCACCGCGCUCCCGUCGGCUUCCCGCGCGGCCUUGCGGCUCCUUGGCCGCCCGGGACGGCGGCCGUGGUGGAAGUGGCGCUAGGAGGGGGCCGAGGCGGUGGUGGCGGCAGCAGCAGGAACGCCGCAGAAAUUGAGGCCGGGGAUCGAGAGCGGCCUACUGCGGGGCCUGGCCCGCCCCCCUUGCCGCCGAGCCCGGGCCGGCCUGGCUUGGCUCCUUCCCGCGCGGCUUCAGCGUUUUGUGUCUGUGCUGCGAUCGGUCCGAUACGGCGGGGAAAUUUAGAAUGGAACAGACUGAAGGCCCUAUGAGAAAAAGGGAAAGCUAAGGAUGCUGGAGCAGAACAAUGGAUUUCUCCUUCUCUUUCAUGCAAGGGAUCAUGGGAAACACAAUUCAGCAACCACCUCAACUCAUUGACUCGGCUAACAUCCGCCAAGAGGAUGCUUUUGAUGCCAGCAGUGACAUCACUGAAGAUGGUAGACAGACGCCAUAUGAAGCUGCUCUUGCCUUGCAGCAAGGUUUUCAGUAUCCUACGCCAACAACAGAGGACCUUCCACCCCUCAUUAAUGGAUUUCCCCCAAUCAGCAUGUAUGAACCCCAAGCCAAAUACCAGUCAUAUAAUCAGUAUCCCAAUGGUUCAGCAAAUGGCUAUGGCACAGUUAGAAACUUUAGUCCCCCAGAGUAUUAUCAGACGGAGAACUCUAACAUAAGGCCCCAUGAAAUUCUGGAAAAACCAUCUCCUCCACAGCCACCACCGCCACCUCCUCCUUCGGUACCCCAAACGGUGAUUCCAAAGAAGACUGGUUCACCAGAAAUAAAAUUAAAAAUAACCAAAACUAUUCAGAACGGCAGGGAAUUGUUUGAGUCCUCUCUGUGUGGGGACCUUUUGAAUGAAGUACAAGCGAGUGAGUAUGCGAGGGCAAAACAUGAAGGGAGAAAAGAGAAGAGGAAAAAAAGUAGCAAACAUGACUCUUCCCACUCAGAAGAGCGCAAAUCGCAUAAAAUUCCAAAACUAGAACAAGAGGAACAAAAUAGACCAAAUGAGAAGCUCAGCACUCUGUCUGAAAGACCAAGGGAAGAAACAAUACUGUUGGAUGAAACCCCAGUUACUCCCAUAGUGUCUCCUCUUCCAGAGCAAGCAGUGAGUGAUGUCAAGUUUGAGGUUGGAGAUCUGGUCUGGUCCAAGGUGGGAACAUAUCCUUGGUGGCCCUGCAUGGUUUCAAGUGAUCCACAACUUGAGGUCCAUACCAAAAUUAACACAAGAGGUGCACGGGAAUAUCACGUUCAGUUUUUUAGCAACCAGCCUGAGAGGGCAUGGGUACAUGAGAAGCGGGUACGAGAGUACAAAGGACGCAAACAGUACGAUGAGUUGGUGGCAGAGGCUGCUAAGCAAGCCAAUCACUCUGAAAAACAGAAGAUUCGCAAACCAAGGCCACAGAGGGAGCGGGCACAGUGGGAUAUUGGCAUCGGCCAUGCUGAGAAGGCUUUGAAAAUGUCUCGGGAAGAGAGGAUAGAACAGUACACAUUUAUCUAUGUAGAUAAAGAGCCAGAGGAGGAUUUUUCAAAAGCCAAGAGGACUUCUGCCCCUAAAGUGGAGGCUAAAAAGAACCGGCGAUCUAAACCAUCACCUAGUGCUCAACCAGAACAGACCAAUGAAGUUUCAGCGGUAACCUCCUUACCCAGUACUGAGGUGCGGAGGCAUAGUCAGCGAAGGCAGCCUAGUGUGGAAGAAGAGCCUCCCCCUGUGAAAAUAGCAUGGAAAACUGCUGCGGCCAGAAAAUCCUUACCAGCAUCAAUAACCAUGCACCAGGGAACCUUGGACCUUCAGAAAUGUAAUAUGUCUCCAGUCGUUAAAAUUGAACAAGUUUUUGCUCUUCAGAAUGCUGCUGGGAAUGGAAAGUUCAUUGAUCAGUUUGUUUACUCUACCAAGGGUAUAGGAAACAAACCAGAAAUAAUCAUCAAGGGGCAAGACAAGCUCACUUCCAUAUCAGUCCAGCGAAACGAGCGAACCUCAUCGCAAAGUGCAGCAUCUCCUGAGGCAUCUUCUGGGUUGGCAAGUUCUGUAGAAAAGAAGCAACAGAGAAGAUCAAUACGAACUCGCUCAGAGUCUGAGAAAUCCACCGAAGUUGUGCCAAAGAAGAAGAUCAAAAAGGAGCAGGUAGAAACAGUCCCACAGACAGCAGUGAAGACUGGAUUGCAGAAAGGUGCCAGUGAGAUUUCAGAUUCUUGUAAACCACUGAAGAAAAGAAGUCGGGCCUCAACAGAUGUGGAACUGACUAGCUCAGCAUACAGAGAUACAUCCGACUCUGAUUCAAGAGGACUUAAUGACUUACAGGGUAGCUUUGGAAAGCAGUCAGACAGCCCUUCAGCUACAGCAGAUGCUGAUGCUUCUGAUGUACAAUCUGUGGACUCUAGUUUAUCAAGAAGGGGUUCUGGGACGAGUAAGAGAGACACUGUGUGUCAGAUCUGUGAGAGCUCUGGUGAGUCUCUGGUAUCCUGUGAAGGCGAGUGCUACAGAGUCUUCCAUCCAGAAUGCCUAGGACUGAGUUCACAGCCUGAUGGGAAGUUUGUCUGCCAGGAAUGCAAAAAUGGGCAGCAUACGUGCUUUUCCUGCAAGGUUGCUGGCAAAGAUGUCAAGCGGUGCUCUGUCAAUGCAUGUGGUAAAUUUUACCAUGAGGCCUGUGUCCGCAAAUUUGCCACAGCUGUCUUUGAGUCCCGGGGAUUCCGUUGCCCACAGCACUGCUGUACUGCCUGCUCCAUGGACAAGGAUAUUCAUAAAGCGAGCAAAGGUCGCAUGGUGAGAUGUUUGAGAUGCCCCAUUGCCUAUCACUCUGGAGAUGGCUGUAUUGCUGCAGGAAGUUUGUUUGUGUCAUCCCACAUUCUCAUCUGUAGUAACCAUUCCAAAAGGAGCAAUCACUCUUCAUCAGCUGUAAAUGUAGGCUUUUGUUUCGUUUGUGCAAGAGGGCUGAUAGUGCAGGAUCAUUCAGACCCCCUGUUCAGUUCAUAUGCCUAUAAAUCCCACUACCUACUGAAUGAAUCAAAUCGUGCUGAGUUGAUGAAAUUACCUAUGAUUCCUCCUUCUUCGUCAGCUUCCAAAAAGAAAUGUGAGAAAGGUGGAAAGUUGUUAUGCUGCGAAUCAUGUCCUGCAUCCUUCCACCCGGAAUGUCUUAACAUAGAGAUGCCAGGUGGCUCCUGGAACUGCAAUGACUGUAAAGCUGGCAAGAAACUACGAUACAAGCAGAUUGUUUGGGUCAAGCUUGGAAAUUACAGGUGGUGGCCAGCUGAGAUAUGCAACCCCAGGUCUGUUCCUCUCAACAUACAGGGCCUCAAACAUGAUAUCGGGGACUUCCCAGUAUUUUUCUUUGGUUCACAUGACUACUAUUGGGUACACCAGGGCAGAGUAUUCCCUUAUGUUGAAGGAGACAAAAGCUUUGCUGAGGGGCAAACUAGUAUUAACAAGACCUUCAAGAAAGCUCUUGAAGAAGCAGCAAAACGCUUCCAGGAACUGAAAGCACAAAGAGAAAGCAAAGAAGCACUUGAGAUUGAGAGGAAUUCAAGAAAACCACCUCCCUACAAACACAUUAAAUCCAAUAAAGUAGUAGGGAAGGUUCAGAUUCAAGUUGCAGACUUGUCUGAAAUCCCUCGUUGUAAUUGCAAGCCAACUGAUGAGAACCCUUGUGGCCUGGAGUCUGAGUGUCUAAACCGAAUGCUACAGUAUGAGUGCCACCCCCAAGUUUGUCCUGCAGGAGAGCGCUGUCAAAAUCAGUGUUUCACCAAAAGACUCUAUCCAGAAGCAGAAAUCAUAAAAACAGACCGGCGCGGCUGGGGCCUUAGGACAGUACGGAACAUUAAAAAGGGUGAAUUUGUAAAUGAAUAUGUUGGUGAACUGAUUGAUGAGGAAGAAUGCAGAUUGCGAAUCAAGCGUGCCCAUGAGAAUAGCGUGACUAAUUUUUAUAUGUUAACUGUUACAAAGGACCGAAUAAUCGAUGCUGGCCCAAAGGGAAAUUAUUCACGCUUCAUGAAUCACAGCUGCAAUCCCAACUGUGAAACCCAGAAAUGGACAGUGAACGGCGAUGUCAGAGUUGGACUUUUUGCACUGUGUGAUAUUCCUGCGGGGAUGGAGUUAACAUUUAACUACAAUUUGGACUGUUUGGGAAAUGGCAGGACAGAAUGCCACUGUGGAGCAGAUAACUGCAGUGGGUUCCUGGGAGUCCGUCCAAAGACGGCAUGCGCAACAGCAAAUGAAGAGAAGGCAAAGAAUGCAAAGUUGAAGCAGAAGAAACGGAAGAUAAAAACAGAGCAAAAGCAGAUGCAUGAGGACAAUUGUUUCCAGUGUGGAGAUGGGGGUGAACUGGUCAUGUGUGACAAAAAAGACUGUCCCAAAGCAUACCACCUCCUCUGCCUUAACUUGACGCAGCCACCCUUUGGAAAGUGGGAAUGUCCUUGGCACCAGUGUGACAUCUGUGGCAACCCAGCAGCUUCAUUCUGUGAGUUCUGCCCUCAUUCUUACUGCAAGGAUCAUGAAAAGGGGGCACUGGUGGCCUCAGCCUUGGAUGGGCGUCCUUGCUGCUCUGAACACAAUCCUAAGGCCCCAGUGGCACCAGAGUAUUGGAACAAGAUCAAGCGCCGACUGGAACAGCAAAAUCCUGAGGAAGAGUCAAAAGAAUAAACUUGUAUUAAAAAAACAACAACCAACAAACCCCCACCCCCACCUUGAGUGCAAAUCAUUGUGAUUUUGGAUUAAGUGCCAUGGCACCCUCCUUCUUGGUCUUCGGAACUGCUUCCGUGGAACUCAAACAGGGACCAUCUAUUCUUGAGCAGUGGUGAGCAGCCUGAGGCAUAUGUGGCCUGUCUGUUUGCCAUGAGUGUGUGCUUCAGGCUGUUAACAGGAUGGAAAGAAGUGUCUUGGCAGCCUUCUUUUUGUUCUUUGAAGAGGAAACCUUUCUGACAUUGAAGAAAAAAAAAGACAUCAUGUUAAAAGUAUCUUCUUUGAGUGUAGAAACCAAACAUAGCAAGAUAUUUAUUUAUUUAAUUUUUAAUGGACUUUUGAGGAUUUCUGGUUCUAUUACAGUCAGUGUGUCUAAAAGGAAUAGCAACACCAGUCUGGUAUCUAUCUGCAUCUGUAUUUUUUUCUCCCUGUUUAGUUUUAGAACUAUGAAAAAUAAGCCCUCUUCCCACGCUAGUGGCCUUUCAGAUAAAUCUUUGAGGGUGGAACAAAAGCUUAUUGUGGCAGUUGACAAUUAGAUGCCUUCAUUCCAUUAAGUUCACGGGGGACAAGUUUUGAGGCAGAAGAUUGGUGUAUGUCAUUUAACUUAGCAGUUAAGUUGCAUGAUGCCAGGGGCAAAAAAAAGACAGAAGUUCUCCCACAAGAAAUGAAAUGUGACCCACUUAAUUCUUGAAGUGUGUUCCAUUUGACUCAAUUUGCAGCAACUUCAAAAAAGCAUAAUUAGCUUGAAGCUUCUUAUGUACUGGUUUUCUGAGAUCCCAUUUCAUUUCAACAGCACUUGUUCAGGAGAAGUAUCUGGUGGGUUGUGCCCAUCAUAAUCCCCUAGUAUUGAUGUUAAAAAGUUCUGGUGAUCUCUGGAUACAUGCUUUGCCUGGUCCUCAGUUUAAUUGUGCAUGGGUCACUUUUCUGUGAUUGCUUGCAUUGUAGGGCAAUAAAACAGAGAGGAUUUUAAAAGCUUUAUUUUGCCUGUUAUGAUCUGCCAUACUUUGAAGAUGAGAGUAGUCCUCUCUUGUCUUCUCACCUUGAGCCUUCAGGUUCUUCUGUAGCUUGGCUCCAACAGGCUGUUGGAUCAUGUAAAAAGCAAGACACAUACCCUAGCCCUUUAGAGCUUCCACUAUGAUACACUAUGUCCUUUCUUUAUCUGGGAGACAGUUUGUUUGGACUUCAACAUGUGGACUUUAGAUGGCAGCUUUGUGUUUGUUUCAUGGCACUUGUCCAUGACUGAAUAAUCCAGUGACCUUGGACCAAGCUUCCUCUUCUUUGAAGGAACUAAACUGCUAUGAAUGCUAUAUUAUUUGUACUGUUUGUAACAUAGCUCUGGAAUUGGCUUUGUGUGUGGCUUAGUCAAAUGGCAUCACUCUUCACUGAAUGAAGAUGGUCACCUCAUUUGAACCCAAUACUGUAUUUUUAAAAGCAUUUCCUUAACUGGGUAUGAAUAGUCUUGCUGAAGCACUUAGUUGGACAGAGCAGAGUGUUAUCUGUUAGUAAUUCUUCACAAGGAAAAUAUAUGGCACUAAACGAAACUAAAUUUUACACUUUCUUCUACGGGGUGUUAUCUUGUCUGAAAGUAAUUAAAGUAUGACCAUGAAGACAUUUGGUUGACCCUUACCUGUGAAAAGCUCAACUUCAGACACUGAGCAGCCAGUGCCAGAAAACAAACAUUAGAUAGAUAUCACAAUGCAGGGCGUUACAUUGCUUAGAUUUUGUAUUUUGCUUUUUAAUUGCCUAUAAUGUAAGUUCAAAAAAUACAGUUUCUGGGAGCAACCGCUCCCCAGUUAAACAGGUAUAAAGUACUUAAAACGCACUACAUUUUUAAAAAAGAAACUGAAAAUGUCCUCUGGCUGUAGCUCCCACUGUUUUACUUUAUUGCUUUAUUUUUCAGUCUCUUUUGGAUGGGACAGAGCACUAAAAGAAGAUGCUAAGCAUUUGAUUACACUAAGAAACUUUAAAAACACUACAGUUUGUUCUUGAGUAUUAAAAAAAUUAAAUUUUAAUUUCCUGAAGGCGGUUGUUGAUAGCUUUUAAAAAUCUUUCUGUCCCCUCACUACCCAAGCCUGGGGCUUUCCUUGCUGCUGCAGUUCUUGUACAGUGUUCUUCCUGAUGAAUUCAGUCUGGUGCGCAAAGAAUAUAUAUUGACUCUUGUGCUCUCUUCCAUACACUCCUUUGUCAUUGCACAGAAAGGGAAGUUGCAAGGCAGUGUCCAAAUUGCCUCUUGUUGCAUUCUGAGAGGGCAAAUAGCCAGUUUCCCUAAGAUUUAACCAUUGUAAACAACAAAUUCAAUUAUGGGAUUUGAAAUGUAGCAAACUGCUAACUUUGGGCAGGAUUAAGUUGUGUUACCACACUCUAGACAGAGCCUGUCUCAUAUUUCAUCCUUCUAGAGAGCCAGUUCAUCCUGGAGAGCCAGUUUAGUAUAAUGGUUGAGAGAGCCAGUUUGGUUAAGAGUGGUGGACUCUAAUCUGGAGAGCCAGGAUUGAUUCCCCAUUCCUCCUCAUGCAGGCAGCUGGAUGAUCUUGGGUCAGUCACAGUUCGCUCGGAGCUGUUCUCUCAUAAGCAGUUCUUGAAAGAGUUCUCUCAGCCCCACCUACCUCAGACAGAGGGUUUGUUCUGGGGAGAGGAAGGGGAUUGUAAACCACUCCAAAAAUCUUAAGUGAAGGGCAGGGUAUAAAUCCAGCUCCUCUUCUUGUUCCUUGGCACUUUGUGCAGCAUCUACCUUCCCCUGUCUCUUCCAGAUACCAUGCACAAUUUCAGGCUGAUCUUACAUGGCUUAGGAAAAACAAGGAAAGUUUGUUUGGAUUAGAGCAACUCAUUAGGGGGCAUGUGGAAGCAUCGUUUUGUGGCCUUGAAUGCAAGUUUUUGAUGAAAGUAAGAUAAGGCUGUUUCUAUAAAUAUAUAGAAUAAAUUGCAUGAGGGAUCACUGGGUAGUUGGCUGCUAGGCAGUCCCUAUUGGUCUAGCACCCCAAGGCCAAUACCCAUUCAGCCCAAGGGCAAAGGCAAAGCCAGAUCUAGCCUUGAAUUAAAGGGCAAAGGCAAGCCAGACCUACCCUUGAAUUAAAUGGUUACUCCACUGCCAUAUUACUGUACAGCUUACAUCAUUGUUUGAUAUUUCUCUGCUGAAAGCUGUAUAAAUAAAGGUAUGUUUUAUUGGACAAAA